AUGGCGUCGUCUGCGGCUCAAAUUCACGCCCUCGGCGCUGCCUCUCAGUUCGCAGCCGCAAAUCCCACCAGAAACCACCCAACCAAAUCUGUGUUUUUCGGCGCGAGACUCAACAGUACGGCUUCAUUCGGUCUGAAGCUGAAAAGCAAGGCCAUAAGCCGAGGCAGCUCCCGGAGAAACUCUGGCCUCCGGGUGGUCGCCGAGAAGGUUGUCGGGAUCGACCUGGGGACCACAAACUCGGCGGUGGCGGCAAUGGAGGGAGGGAAGCCCACUAUCGUGACCAACGCUGAGGGACAGCGGACGACGCCGUCCGUGGUUGCUUACACAAAGACGGGCGACAGGUUGGUUGGGCAGAUUGCGAAGAGGCAGGCUGUGGUGAAUCCAGAGAACACGUUCUUCUCGGUAAAGAGGUUUAUCGGGAGGAAGAUGUCGGAGGUAGACGAGGAGUCGAAGCAGGUCUCUUAUAAUGUGGUGAGGGAUGAAAAUGGAAAUGUCAAGCUCGAGUGCCCUGCCAUCGGGAAGCAGUUUGCAGCAGAGGAGAUAUCAGCUCAGGUUUUAAGGAAGCUUGUAGAUGAUGCAUCAAAGUUUUUGAACGACAAGGUCACUAAAGCAGUAGUCACAGUCCCUGCAUACUUCAAUGAUUCCCAGAGGACUGCAACCAAGGAUGCAGGUCGUAUUGCUGGUCUAGAGGUGCUCCGUAUUAUUAAUGAACCAACUGCUGCAUCACUUGCUUACGGUUUCGAAAAGAAGAGCAAUGAAACCAUUUUGGUUUUUGAUCUUGGAGGUGGCACAUUUGAUGUUUCAGUUCUUGAGGUUGGUGAUGGUGUGUUUGAGGUCUUGUCUACUUCUGGGGACACUCAUCUUGGUGGGGAUGACUUUGACAAGAGAAUUGUUGAUUGGCUUGCUGCUAAUUUCAAGAAGGAUGAAGGGAUAGAUCUCUUGAAGGACAAACAAGCGCUUCAACGGUUAACUGAGACUGCUGAGAAAGCUAAGAUGGAACUUUCCUCUUUGACUCAAACUAAUAUCAGGCAAGUUCAGAAUUUUCCAUCUGUUGGUCUUGCAACAUUUUGCCUUUUGCCUUUCAUUACUGCCACUGCGGAUGGCCCCAAACACAUAGAAACCACUCUCACAAGAGCUAAGUUCGAGGAACUCUGCUCAGAUUUGCUUGACAGACUUAAAACACCCGUUCAAAAUGCACUGAGGGACGCAAAGCUCUCGAUCACCAAUAUUGAUGAGGUCAUCCUUGUGGGAGGCUCGACCCGUAUUCCAGCUGUUCAGGAACUUGUUAAAAGUAUGACUGGAAAGGAUCCGAAUGUCACUGUCAACCCUGAUGAAGUUGUUGCUCUUGGAGCCGCAGUUCAGACUUUGGGUGGGGUCAUGACGAAGAUCAUUCCCAGAAACACAACUUUGCCCACUUCAAAAUCCGAAGUUUUCUCGACUGCUGCAGAUGGGCAGACGAGUGUGGAGAUAAAUGUGCUUCAAGGCGAAAGGGAGUUUGUUAGGGACAACAAGUCCCUCGGUAGCUUCCGUCUUGACGGGAUCCCUCCCGCUCCUCGUGGGGUCCCGCAGAUUGAGGUCAAAUUCGACAUUGAUGCUAAUGGUAUCCUAUCUGUGACUGCCAUUGAUAAGGGAACUGGAAAGAAGCAAGAUAUCACUAUUACAGGUGCCAGCACAUUACCUAGUGAUGAGGUAGAGAGAAUGGUUAGUGAGGCCGAAAAAUUCGCAAAGGAGGACAAGGAAAAGAGGGAUGCAAUAGACACGAAGAACCAAGCGGACUCAGUAGUGUACCAGACAGAAAAGCAGGUGAAGGAACUCGGGGACAAGGUUCCAGCAGCUGUCAAGGAAAAAGUCGAGGCCAAACUUGCAGAGCUCAAGGAUGCCAUCUCUGGGGGAUCGACACAAGCAAUUAAGGAUGCCAUGACUGCACUUAAUCAGGAAGUCAUGCAAUUGGGCCAGUCACUGUACAAUCAGCCUGCUGCUGGCCCAACACCUGGUGGUGGGCCCAGCCCUUCAGAGUCAUCGGAUAAAGGGCCUGAGGGAGAUGUGAUUGAUGCUGAUUUCACGGACACUAAGUGAGGAAAUUUAGUGUCUAGUUUGGUCGGUCGUCUGUUUGACCUGACCUUCCAUUUUUGUCUCGUGUAAGGAAUAAUUUUGUUGGAUAGAUGAACUGGAGAAAGAGGGAAAAUUGUUAAGACAUUAGGUAUUUAUGGGUAUAAAAAAGGGUAGAGUCUGAUAUUUGAGUCCAGGAUUGUAUUGUUGUAUGUAAAAAACGUAUCUGAGUGAUAAGAGAAUACAAUGGCUGGGCCUGGACUGAGUUUUAUUUUAACUGUCUCGGUUGGUCAUCUUUUAAUAACUAAUAGUAAAGUAAAGUGCACGCGGCUCAUGUGAUACACUAUUCAUUUUCCUUUUGGGAUCUUAAAUUAUUUGUUUAGUAUCUAUACAACAAAAAGAUCGAGUUAAUGUGGUGGGACCAUGUUUUCAUAUGUACAAAGAUAAUAAAAAGAUGGAGUUUCGUGGAAUUAGUUCAAAUGCCUUUAUCCAAGAUGAAUAUAAACCACAAUGGCUUCCAAAACAAAUCAAAUGCGGAUCUUUGGAAGUUGAAUUUUACCUCAAGUCCUUAAAUCCAAAUGCAACCUUUUCAUUGCAUAAACAACCACUAUAAAAAAUUCUCCCAAGUCCCAACAACCAUCUCUUCUCAAGGCAAGUAACCAAUCAUGGGAUUCGCAAUCACCUUUGUAUUUAACACUCUACAACAGCCGAUUGUAUUAUAGUCAUCGAUCGCAAGUCAAACUGACUCACAUAAAAAGCCUAUCCAAGCUUCAAUAUAAAGGCAGCAUACCAAGCAAAAUGUAACCUUUUA